AUGACGCCAGUGACACGCGCAGUCUCGACCAAGACCUGCUUUUCUACCCGCAAUGCCUUCGAGGCUGUGAAUCUGGCGCACGGGCCUCACUCGGCACGUGCCUUGCCGGUACGGUAUGGUUCCCUGGCCGCAACAGAGGGCCGCUAA